AGCGCCGGAGUGAGGGGCGGAGCGCAGCCCUGCCGCCAUUGCGGGAGCCGCGGCCGUUGGCGGCCUCCGGAGCGUAUUGCUGGGCCAAGUGGAAAAAUCGUGUGAGGAGACAGAUGACCCCCACAGUUUCAAGUCAUACAAGAAGGCCCUGAUGUUGUCCUAGUGCUGUUCCUCUACCUCGAGUCAGUAUGUCGAAGAAAUCCAAGGCCCCGCUGUCCUUGUCCGACUGCCUCUGCCAGAUUUGCAUGGAGAUCUUUGUGGAGCCUGUCACGCUGCCGUGCAGCCAUACCCUGUGUAAUUCCUGCUUCCAGAUGACAGUGGAAAAGGCCAGCCUUUCUUGCCCCUUCUGUCGGCGUCGGGUCUCUUCCUGGGCACGGUACAACACCCGCAGAAAUACUCUGAUCAACUGGGAGCUCUGGGAGAAGAUUCAGAAGAAUUACCCAGAGGAGUGCGAGCGCAGGAUGAACGGACAGGAUUUGGAUGAGGAAAUCUGUGUCCCCAAGCCACAGCACCAGCUGAGCAAGCCUGGGGAGCUGAGGCAGGAAUAUGAAGCAGAGAUUAGUAAGGUGGAGGCAGAAAGGCGAGCACAUGAACAGGAGGAGAACAAAGCGAGUGAGGAGUACAUCCAGCGGCUGCUGGCAGAGGAGGAGGAGGAGCAGAGGCUGGCAGAAGAGAGAAGGAAGGAGAUGGAGAAGCAGCUGAAGCAAGAUGAAGAGCUGGCCUGGCAGCUCAGUAACAGUCUGAAUGAAGAUCCUGAGGGACAUGUGCCUGGCAGCCCGUCACCAGCACACAGCCUCUCCCUUCAGCCAUCCCCACUGAGCCUGAGCAAGGCAAAGAACAAACCAAGCAACUCUGGAGAUAUUCAGAAGUACCUGUCUCCAAAGAAUUAUGGUAUGUUGGGAUCAGCAUCGUUCUCCAGUACCACAGGAAGAGGCAGGAGCAACUCUAUCUCUGGGGAGACCAACAGCAAUGAAGGCAGCAGUUCUGCAGUGCAGGAUGAACAAGAGGAAAUGCCAACCCUGUCUCCACAGCUGACCAGUGUAAAUAAAGAUUCUGCAGCUAAGGAUUCAUUUUUGGAAUCAUGCAUGAACUAUUUCAGUGCCUCAGCUUCAGGUGAAGCUGCCACUGUCAAGCAGGAAAAAACACCAGGACCAAAUGGUUUAGAAGAUGGAGUUCCAGAUGCACUUCAUGGAACCACAGAAGGGGAAGGGUCUAGGACAGUUCUUCUUAGAUCCAAUGGAGAUGAUGAUGGAAUUGAGUCCGACAGUGGCAAUUUGACACAUGUCCAAAGGGUAAACCUUGAAAAGGCUGAUGAAACUUGUACCUCUGGUCAGUUAGAAAUGAAUUGUGUGAUGUCGGACAGCCAGACUGUGUUGCCUGGUCUGGGGAAGGAGGCUGGACACCUGAAUGAAGAGACACCAGAAAAGCCACAGAACUCUAAGGAGACUCCCAAAAGGAAGUUAGUGGAGACCCCAGCUGAUGCCAUGAUUGACUUGGACAUGCUUGAUAAGAGGAGAAGAACCUUUUCAGAAAGUGUAGAAGACCAAGGAGAGCAAAUGAAUGAUUUUAACUUGCAGACACAAAGAGCCUUUGAGCAGGAGUUCUAUGAAAGGCGCAGGCAGGAGGAGCAGGACAGGCUCUUGGCUCUGCAGCUGCAGAAGGAGCUGGACAAGGAGGAAAGGACACUGAACAGACAGAAGGGCUCUCCAGAUGAGUAUCUGCUUCGUACCAAACCACCUCGCUCCGGGAAAGACUCUGCUGCCAGGAAGGGAAGCUCCAAGGGGGCAAAAGACUUGAAGGGAUCAAAAACCCAGGCUGAAACCAAUCACCACAAGACUAGGAAAGGUUCCUGCAAUGAAAACUGGCAGUCCCCUGCCAGGGUCCGGGUGAAAUCCCCCAGCAUCAAGGAAGGAAAGGUUUUGAAUUGUGUGGUUAAUACCAGUGACGCAAAUGAUAUUUGUUCACUGCCUAAGAACAAGCAAAAGACAAUCCUGCAGAUGUUUAAAAGCCCUGUUGCAGAGUAGAUCAGAGCCAUGGACACCUGGUGGAGUGCGAAUGGAAACUGUGGUGAUGUUCUCCUGUGCUAGGCAAAGCUUCCCUAAGCAGUUUUGAGUGGUUGCCUUGGAGGGGAACCGCUUUGGGCAGCAUUUCUGUGAGUUCUGAGAAGUUCUAGUAACAUACACCCCCAGAAUGUAACAUUUUUAAAUUGUUCCUUUCUUGAAUAUUAUUUUCUAGCACUUGCAGCACUUCUUGCAGGAACCAGAGCAUCUCUUAUUUUCUAACUUGCAUUUACAUGGUUUGGAGUGUGAAUACUGGUAGUGUUGGAAAGCAAUGAUAAGUGAUGGUCUGAUCUGGAAAUGAAAAUCCAAAGCCUUUAAUGGAAAAGAUGCACAUUCCAUGGAGGAAACAAAUGAAAAACGAGUUUGUAUUCCCAGCUGGCUGUCAGCUGCAAGGUUGAAGCACAAGCACUGUUCUCUAAAUUGAAGCACCUUGCUGGAAUUUAAGCUGUUGCUGCAAUUGCAUUGUUGGCACACCCAUGAACAGGAGUGUAAGCAGACAGCCACUCUUUCCCUCUCAUAUGCUAACCCCUCCCUUCAACAAAAAGGAAACAAACAGGUCAUUCUCCCCUGGCAAAGCCAAGGAUCUUUCAUGGAUGCCAAGGCUGUGGGCUCCCAUUCACCUCUGUUCACAGAGUUCCCUCCUGCAGAUCCCAUUUUCCCUGUUAAGAACAAGAUACUUUUGUUUUCUUGUUGUUAAUAUCCUGUUAAUGAUACAUAUGAAUGUACAAUGGUGUUACUAUACUUAAUGCUGUUUAAUUUUCAUACUCAAACUGGUUUGAGUGUGAUUAAAACAAUAGUCCAGAAGCCAGUUAUGAUGGAGAAAGUUAAAAGGGAAAGAAGCAACUGAAGGCUGGAGUUGUCAGUAAUGACAUAACUGUAAUUAGAAAUUCACAUAACUGC